AUGUCGGAGAACUCCAGCGAUUUCAACAACGCCACGCUGCCGGCGGCGGCUGCGGUCGCGCACUACAACUUCCCCGCGCUCAUAUUCGGGAUUCUGCUGAUUGUGAUCAUCACCGGGGGGAACGUGCUCGUGUGCCUCAGCGUGUACCUGGAGAAGGCUUUAAAAACCACAACGAACUACUUCAUAGUCAGUCUGGCGUUUGCAGACUUGCUGCUGGCGGUGCUGGUGCUGCCGCUCUUCGUUUACGCAGAGUUUCAGGGCGGAGUUUGGUCCUUGAACAUGCUGAUGUGUGACAGCCUGAUGACCAUGGAUGUGAUGCUGUGCACCGCGUCCAUAUUCAACCUCUGUGCCAUCAGCGUGGACAGGUUCAUUGCCGUGUCCAUCCCUCUAAACUACAACCGUAAACAUGUGGACCAACGUCAGCUGGUCCUGCUGUCGGCCACCUGGCUGCUGGCCCUCGCCGUGGCCUCGCCCGUCAUCUUUGGCAUCAACAACGUGCCUAACCGCGACCCCAGUGAGUGCAAACUGGAGGACAACAACUAUGUGGUUUAUUCCUCGGUUUGCUCCUUCUUCAUCCCCUGCCCCAUCAUGGUCCUGCUCUACUUCGGGGUUUUCCGCGGGCUGCGGCACUGGGAGGUGACUCGUAAGGUCAAACUGCGCAGCAGCAUCGAGGCCUGCAGGAAGCUGCAGCACGCCGCCGUCGCCACCGCCUUCCCCCCGCUGGCGGGCACCAUCCCCGGGCCUCUGCCCAUGCCUCUGCCCAGGAUCAUCGAGAGGGACUUGGCCCAGUCUCGGCUGGACGAUACAGGCGACUACAUGCAGCAGGAGAUUCCUUAUCCCCGGCAGUACAGAGAGAACUCGGUGCCCACGGUGACGUACAGCCAAAAGCUGCGCAUGAAGAAGAGAGCCAAGAUCAACAGCAGGGAGAGGAAAGCUAUGAGGGUGCUGCCUGUCGUAGUAGGUUGCUUCCUGUUCUGCUGGACUCCGUUCUUCGUGGUGCACACAACUCGAGCCGUCUGUCUGACGUGUGACAUCCCUCCCGGUCUGAUGAGCACCGUCACCUGGCUGGGCUACGUCAACAGCGCUCUCAACCCCAUCAUCUACACCAUCUUCAACACAGAGUUCAAGAAAUUCUUCAAGAAAUGUUUCAGCAGCUGCUGUCGGAUUUCCCUCCACAGACGCUAA